ACCCCAUAAUAAUGACAUUAAAUCCAGUCCAUAGUGUAUGAUGAAGUCAUCUGUCCUCUCAUAGAGAUAUUCCUUCUCUGUGUUUUGUCCGUUCUCAGGUACAAGUGAUCCUUACGUGAAGUUUAAACUGGAUGGGAAGACACUAUACAAGAGCAAAGUGGUUUAUAAGAACCUCAACCCAACAUGGAACGAGACCUUCUCUUUCCCUGUCAGAGACCUGGACCAGAGACUGUAUAUUAAGGUGUAUGACCGGGAUCUGACCAUGGAUGACUUCAUGGGAUCCAGCUAUCUUCUCCUCAGUGAUCUGGAGAUGGAAAAGGUGUGUGAGCUGUCCGUGCGUCUGGACGACCCCAACAGUCUGGAGGAGGACAUGGGAGUCAUCAUGCUGGACAUGUCUCUCUCUCUUAGGGAUAGAGACAACGAGAAGAACUCUAGGUGGCCUAAGAGGAAGAGGAGUAUCAGGUCUCCGCUGGCCCAGAGUGGUCGUCUAUCAGAGUCUCUGAGGAAGUCUCAGCUGUGGUCAGGUGUCGUGGGGGUGACCCUGGUGGAGGGACAGGACCUGCCAGAGGACGGACCUGGAGAGCUGUUUGUUCGGUUCAGACUGGGGGAGCAGAGAUACAAGAGCAGGAACCAGCCCAAGAAGGCCAACCCCCAGUGGAGGGAGAGGUUUGACUUCAACCGGUUCCCGGAGGGUCCUGGGGUGCUGGAGAUAGAGGUCUGGAACAAAGAGGGACGCAAAUAUGAGGAGUGUUACGGCAUGUGUGAGGUGGACCUGUCCAGUGUUCUACCCAACCAGUCUCAGCUGUUCACGCGGGUUCUGAAAGAGGGAAAAGGUCGUGUGGUCUUCCUGAUCGCUCUGAGCACGUGUAGUGGCGUCUCCAUCUCCGACAUGUGUGCCCCGCCCCUUGAGGAGCCUCAGGAGAGAGAGAAAACUCUGGAGAAAUAUAGUUUCAAAAGGUCCUUCAGGAACCUCCGGGAUGUUGGUUUCCUUCAGGUUAAGAUUAUCAAGGCUACUGAUCUGUUGGCAGCUGAUUUAAAUGGGAAGAGUGAUCCGUUCUGUGUGUUGGAGUUGGGGAACGACAGGCUGCAGACUCACACCAUCUAUAAAACCCUCAACCCCAACUGGAACAAAGUCUUCACCUUCCCAGUAAAAGACAUCCAUGAUAUUCUGGAGCUGACCAUCUUUGAUGAGGAUGGAGACAAAGCACCUGACUUCCUGGGCAAAGUGGCCAUUCCUCUGCUUUCUAUCCACAAUGGUCAACCGAUCUGCUGUCCCCUGAAGAAAGAGGAUCUGGGGUGUCUGUCUAAAGGAAGCAUCUCCCUAGAGCUGGAGCUCGUCUUCAACCCAGUCAGAGCAGCUAUCAGAACAUUUAAACCAAAGGAGAAGAAAUUCAUGGAAGACAAUCCCAAGUUUUCUAAAAAGAUGUUGGCGCGUAACGUGUACCGCGUGCGUAGCCUUUACAGAGCAGUGCAGUCCACGUUCCAGUACAUCAACAGCUGUUUCCAGUGGGAGAGUUUCCAGAGGAGUCUCAUAGCCUUCCUGAUAUUCCUGCUGGCGGUGUGGCAUUGGGAGUUCUACAUGUUGCCUCUCUGUCUGGUUCUGCUCAUCACAUGGAACUAUCUUCAGAUUGCAUCUGGACGGGCCAACCAGGACCUGGAUAAUAUGGACUUGGGCGAUGAAGAUGAUGAAGAUGAAAAGGAAUCCGAGAAGAGAGGUUUGAUGGAAAAAAUUCACAUGGUUCAAGAGACUGUCAUCACUGUCCAAAACCUGUUGGAGGAAAUCGCAUGCUUCGGGGAGAGAAUUAAAAACACCUUUAACUGGUCAGUACCGUUCCUCUCCAACCUUGCCUUCCUUAUCCUGGUGACAGUAACAGUUCUGACAUACUUCAUCCCUGUACGAUAUAUCCUUCUAGUAUGGGGAAUUAAUAAAUUCACCAAGAAAUUACGGGCCCCGUACGCCAUCGACAACAAUGAGGUGUUUGAUUUCCUGAGGAGAGUUCCUUCAGAUGUUCACAAGGUGCAGUACAGCGAGCUGAAGACUUUGAGCGCCCAGAGUCCUCUGAGGAGGAAGAGAACCAUUGAGAGGAGGUGAUGGAGGAGUGAUCUAUGGUCCCCAAUGGAAGACAUGGCCAUGUGUACAGUGUUGCCGCCUCAGACUUGUGUCCUGUGUGAAACUGGACGUAUAGUGGAGGAUAUGCAGGGCAUAUCUGGAUCAUAUUCCUCUAUGUUCAGAAUUGGUUAGAAAACUGCUCCUGGGUUACUGGUCCUCUGUAGCUCCGUUUGUAGAACAUGGCACUUGCUGUGCCGGGAUAGUGGGUACAAUUCCUGAGAUCACCCAUAUGUAUACACGCAUAACUCCGUCUCUUUGGGAUAAAAGCAUCUGCUACAUGGCGUCUAUACUGAACAAAAAUGGCAACGCAACAUGCAACAAUUUCAAAGAUUUUACUGACUUACAGUUCAUAGAAGAAAAUCUGUCAUUUGAAAUGAAUUCUUUCAGCCCUAAUCAAUGGAUUUCACAUGACUGGGAUGCAGGGGGGUGGAUUAUCUUGGCAAUAGGAGAAAAGCUCACUAACAGAGGAAGGUAAAGCUUUUUGUACGUACGGAACAAUUCUGGGAUUUUUAUUUCAACUCAUGAAAUAUGGGACCAACACUUUACAUGUUUGUAUGUGUUCAGUGUCUAUUAGCAGUCAGACAUGGAUAUUGUAUCACCAGCAGGCUAAAGAUCACCAGCAGGCUAAAGAUCACCAGCAGGUUAAAGAUCACCAGCAGGCUAAAGAUCACCAGCAGGCUAAAGAUCACCAGCAGGCUAAAGAUCACCAGCAUGCUAAAU